GGCUGCGCACUGCUGCCGUGCUCGAACUGGCGAUCGAGCGGCAUGUACGUGCCGUAGCCAUAGUUGCCGUCGUGCGGCUGCUGCAUGGCGGGCAGCUGCGAAGGGCGAGCGCGCGCGGCGUGUUCUGACGCGGCGCCGUCGGAGUAGCGUCGGAGAGGCGAGAGCGAAGGGGGUGCUGCUUCUGCCGCAGAGGGCGAACGACAGGGGUGGGACUGGAGUGUGCGGUCGGGAAAUGCGGGGUAGGGCGGGGUGAGGAGGUGGUGGGGGUGAGGAAGAAACAAGGGUGCGGGCGACAGGAUCUGAUUGAGCGCGAGCGCGAGGUCUCGGGAGGUCAGCAGCAGCAGCAUGACGCGGCGUCUUUCAUGCUGCGCGCGCGCCGCGGCGCUCUCUCGCAGCACCUCGUUCCUCGCUUUGACUGCGCGGGAGCCCAAAAGAAGGACGCUAUCUGGACACUCGGUGCUCCGCCAGACCGGACGGGCCGGCAGAGCAGGCACGGCCUGAGAGUGGCUGCGGAGGCAGGAUGCAGCACGAGGGCAGCGGGCGGUGCGCGCACCUCGCCGCGCAUCUCACCUCACCCCGUCGAUCCGCGCGGCCCAGCGAAGUGCCGCGGCCCGCGGCCCACUUUGGCCCCUCUCGUCUGCGGCAACGGCGGCAGGCCUGGGUCGGCAGUGCAGCCUCUCCUUCUCGCAGACGCAGCGCACGCAGCCCAGCGCAUGCUCGGCGUUCCUCGAGAGGAGUCAUGUCUUCACCUCAGCGGCCACGGGGCCGAAAAGGCAGAUCUCAGGCAUCGCGCAGCCACGAUGCAGCCCGACUCCGCAGCACAGCGCAUGCGGCGGUGCGGAACUGGUGAGCCGGCGGCGUGUGAGCGGCGGAAUCCGCGCCUUCGGACUUAAGCCGCGGCGCCUGUCAGCAGCGGCAUCCGCACAGCGCAGCGUCCAGCGCGGGUCGCAGCAU